GUGGAAACGGGGGUCUUGCUGUGUUGCUCAGGCUAGUCUUGAACUCCUGGGCUCAAGUGAUCCUCCUGCCUCAGUCUCCUGAGUAGCUGGGACUAUAGGUGCAUGCCACUGCCCCUGUCCACCACAGCUCGCAGUUCCAGGAGUGGCAGGAAGGCUGGGCUUGGGCAGGAGAGCAGCAGAAGUGCCUGCAGGGGUUGGCAGGGGCUGUGCUGCACUGGCCUGUGGGCCUGGGUGAGAGGCGAGGAUGGAUCCUAAGGGUAUUGUGGAGCCGAGGAAAAGGUUUCACUCACCCACCACCAUUUACUGAGCGCCUCCUGUGUGCCAGCGUUGCAUCAGUACUGGAAAUACAGCGGUGUGCUUGUCAAAGUCCCUAUCCUUGUGGGGCUGAGGGAGGCCAACCCGAAACAAGUGAAUAAGCAAGGAGCCGGUUAGAAGGGGAGGUGCUAGGCAGCGAAUUCAAACCGGGUGACAGACUGGGCACUUUAGAUGCAUGCGGCUGCGCGGAGGGCCUCUAAGCUGAUCCCAGUUUGGCAAGGUGAGGCAGUCAUGUGGGAUGGGAGGAGAAGGAACAGCCCUCCAGGUGGAGGGAACUAUAGUGCAAAGGUCUGAAGGGAGGACAGAGCUUGGUGAGGUGCAGGGACAAACCUCACGGAGGCCUGUGUGGCUUGGCAGAGCGAGGGAGCAGGGAGGAGAUGAGUCCAGGGGCUGCGGGGCAGGCAGGGCCCUGUCACUGGGAGCCUUGUGGACUGUCUGUGAAGGAGUUUGAAAUUUCAGCAGGAACAGGCUGGUCAGAUUUAGGGUGUUAGUAGGUGACACAGGAGAGGGUCACAGGCUCCUGCCUGGGGGGGUGGGUAGAUUUAACUGAGCGGAGCAGGGCAUUUCACAGGCCUCCCACUUCCCCUCGGAUAGCAUCACUGCCUUACAGCCAGCAAAGGCCCGAGGGUUGCCUCCCUCUCCUGUGGUUUUCACACCGUGUUCCCCAGAGCCCGUGGCUAUUACUUUUAGGGAAAGAGGAGGGGAGGCUCGUUGGGCUGAUUUUUCUGCCCUUCCCUCCCCAACCCAACCAGCCGGACUAAUACUGAAUAGCAACGCAGAGCAGCAGUCACACCUGAUACAGACAGCACCCGCUGACCCUGCGUCCACGCUACGGUGGGCCUGCAGGCCUGCGCCAUUCCCGGUGCUCCUCUGGAAUUGGAAAGAGCAGGUCUUGUGACUGGCGCCCAGCACCCAGGUCUCUGGCGGGCCUCAGGUGUGGUUGAUAUUACGAAGGCAAAAUAAAUGAGGGCCAGGUUGAGAGUGUGGGCAUGUUUCUCCACUGUAGCUGGGUGAUCAGGGAGGACCUCCCUGAGGAGGUGACGUGUGGGCAGGGACUGGAGUGCCGUGAGAGAGCCAUGGGAGUAUCUUGGGGAAGACAUGUUAGACCCGGGAGGAAGCUUCUCUGAUUCCCGCCUUACAGCAGUGAGAACUGAAGCCUGGAGAGCCUCUGCAGCUUGUGCUGGGUCCCCCAGCCAGGAAGUGUUGGGGACAGGUUAUGAAUCUGGGCCUCCAGAGAUUCCUGCAGCACAGCUCAGUAGCCCCUGCAGGGCCCGGGUGCUCUGAGUGUGCCGAGUAAGGGACGGCAAGCCAGGCCGGCCAAGAGGAGACUGCAUGUCAGAGGUCCCCGCAGGAGUUUCUUCAGCCCAGCCGUCCUGCCGGAGAAGCUCGUUCGCAGAUGUUGUUUCUAAGGACUGUGCCCUGUCCACAGCGCCUCCUGCAUGUCCUGCUGCCCUGAGCUGUCCCGAGCUAGGUGACAGCGUGCCACGCUGCCACCAUGAACGAGGUGUCUGUCAUCAAAGAAGGCUGGCUCCACAAGCGCGGUGAAUACAUCAAGACCUGGAGGCCACGGUACUUCCUGCUGAAGAGCGACGGCUCCUUCAUUGGGUACAAGGAGAGGCCCGAGGCCCCUGAUCAGACCCUUCCCCCCUUAAACAACUUCUCUGUAGCAGAAUGCCAGCUGAUGAAGACCGAGAGGCCGCGGCCCAACACCUUCGUCAUACGCUGCCUGCAGUGGACCACAGUCAUCGAGAGGACCUUCCACGUGGAUUCUCCAGACGAGAGGGAGGAAUGGAUGCGGGCCAUCCAGAUGGUUGCCAACAGCCUCAAGCAGCGGGCCCCAGGUGAGGACCCCAUGGACUACAAGUGUGGCUCCCCCAGUGACUCCUCCGCGGCCGAGGAGAUGGAAGUGGCGGUCAGCAAGGCACGGGCUAAAGUGACCAUGAAUGAUUUCGACUAUCUCAAACUCCUUGGCAAGGGAACCUUUGGCAAAGUCAUCCUGGUGCGGGAGAAGGCCACUGGCCGCUACUACGCCAUGAAGAUCCUGCGGAAGGAAGUCAUCAUUGCCAAGGAUGAAGUCGCUCACACAGUCACCGAGAGCCGGGUCCUCCAGAACACCAGGCACCCGUUCCUCACUGCGCUGAAGUACGCCUUCCAGACCCACGACCGCCUGUGCUUCGUGAUGGAGUACGCCAACGGUGGCGAGCUGUUCUUCCACCUGUCCCGGGAGCGUGUCUUCACAGAGGAGCGGGCCCGGUUUUAUGGUGCAGAGAUCGUCUCGGCUCUUGAGUACUUGCACUCGCGGGACGUGGUGUACCGUGACAUCAAGCUGGAAAACCUCAUGCUGGACAAAGACGGCCACAUCAAGAUCACUGACUUUGGUCUCUGCAAAGAAGGCAUCAGUGACGGGGCUACCAUGAAAACCUUCUGUGGGACCCCGGAGUACCUGGCGCCCGAGGUGCUGGAGGACAAUGACUAUGGCCGGGCCGUGGACUGGUGGGGGCUGGGUGUGGUCAUGUACGAGAUGAUGUGCGGCCGCCUGCCUUUCUACAACCAGGACCACGAGCGCCUCUUCGAGCUCAUCCUCAUGGAAGAGAUCCGCUUCCCGCGCACGCUCAGCCCCGAGGCCAAGUCCCUGCUUGCCGGGCUGCUUAAGAAGGACCCCAAGCAGAGGCUUGGUGGGGGGCCCAGCGAUGCCAAGGAGGUCAUGGAGCACAGGUUCUUCCUCAGCAUCAACUGGCAGGACGUGGUCCAGAAGAAGCUCCUGCCACCCUUCAAACCUCAGGUCACGUCCGAGGUCGACACAAGGUACUUUGAUGAUGAAUUCACCGCCCAGUCCAUCACAAUCACACCCCCCGACCGCUAUGACAGCCUGGGCUUACUGGAGCUGGACCAGCGGACCCACUUCCCCCAGUUCUCCUACUCGGCCAGCAUCCGCGAGUGAGCAGUCCGCCCACGCAGAGGACGCACGCACGCACGCAGCCAUCACCGCCGGGUGGUUUUUCCCCCUAACUUUUUACUUUGCCUUUUUGGUUUGUGUCCCCACCCCCACCCCCACCUCCUCACCCCCUUUCCAGUUCUUCUUCAGGCCCCUCCCAGACGCACCCCAGCAGCCCCUGCAGCCCCUGCAGCCCCUGCCUCCAGCCUCACCUUUGUGCCCAGACUCGCUUUUGGGAUACUCCACCUCUCGCCCAGGCCUGGGCUGUUGGAGAGAUUCAGGUUUUAAUCUACACAAGCCCCAGAGAGGGGUGAAGCCUGACGCCCGGGGCCUGCCUGAGUUUCUGGCCCGGGUGUCGUGCUAGUGGCUGCCUCCGCGCUGCUGCUUCCGGACGAAGGCUGCCUUAUGGUGGGACGCGACACCCGGCAGACAGUGGUGCUGCCUUCCAGGCCCCGUGGCCUAGGCUAGGAGUGGCCAGGCACGGGGCGGUCCAACCCCCCACCUGCUGUCCCCCCAUGGGGGCAGAAAAGCAAUAAUGUCCAGGGGCAGGCAGGGGCCCUUGGGAGCUGCAGGGUUGGGGGUUAGGGCUGCUCCCUGGUGAAUGGAGCCAGGUCCCAGGAUCUGCGCCAUGGGGAACCGGGAGGGGCUGGGCUGGGCGCCGCCUCCUGGUCCUGUCUCCUCUCCACCAAGCUGCCCUCACCCUAUGGAUUGAGGCAGGAGGAACAUUUGGGGGCAAACCUGCCUGCCUCCCAGCCCCGUGCCUUACUAGGGCUUCCUUCCAGCUGGCCUUACCUCCUGCUGGACCCCAGGCCUGGCCUAACCCCAUUGGGGGCUGUGGGUUGGGCUCACCCCCUUCUCGGCGGGGGUGGAGGGGCACCAGCCUCGGCUGUUACAAUCUUACACCGGACAGUAUUGGGCCGCAUGGACUUGGUCAGGGAGGGGUGGGGGUGGGCAUCUCCGGUAGCUAUUGGGGUGGGGGGCCUCUGAGAAGGGAGACUCCUAGGCCCCCUCAUCCCUCCCUCUCCCCAGGGCCCCAUGUUCUGCAGCCUUAAGGUUGAACGUGAACGCACGUCCAUGUCAGUGCUGUGGGACUCCUGUGCGUGCCUCGGACUGCGUGUGUCGGCGGGAUGCAGGCACACGUGGGUGUGUGUGCAUGUGUGUUGUGUGUGAGGGCAGCGUGUCCUCCAGUGUGCGUGGUGUGUGGGCUUGGGCCCCAUCCCUGGCCCGAGCAUUUCAUCCUGUGGGGGAGGGGUGCUGACCUAGUGGGAGGAGCCCCGCCUUGAUCCAUGAGCUGCCCUGCCCACGCCUCCCCUCCCUACAGCAACACCUCUGGGUGUUUGGAGUUCAGCUUUUGUGGGUUUGCUCUCCCUACCCCAUCUCCUGUACGAUGCAGUUCAUGGCAGGGUGGGGAGGGUGGGGUUGGUUCGGGUGGGUGAGGGUCUUUUUCCUCUGUGUGCGAUGUCGUUAUCUGACAGUUCUCCUCCGUCCCUACUGGCCUUUCUCCUCGUGUUCAUAUUUGUACGGUACAAGCAAUAAAGACACUCAUUUCAGACCAGGGCCCAGCCUGCACUCACGCCGGCCCAGCCACUCUGGGCCUUGCCUUGGUGAUGGAGUCGGACCCCUGGGCCCCAGCUCCUCCUGUAGUAGUCGCUCCCUUCAGCAAGCAGGGCGCUGAGCAGGGGCGUGGAGGUGAGAAGGAGCUCAGGGCCAGGGCAGCUGGGGUGUGUGCGGGAGCUCAGGCUGGAGAGGGUGGGUGCAGCUGGUGCUGUGGGGCUGAGGGGUGUGGGGAGGCUCCGCGCUUGUGGGGGUGUGGUGGACAGAGACCACUCCAGGCCCUCAGUGCUGUUUAAGCUAAGAGAGGUGGGGCGGAGGGACAGGGCUGGAAGAUCUGGGUAGUCCAGAAUGAGGAGGGUGCCUGUGCUGUCACUGAGUGAGAGGCGGUGGUUCAUUCCGCAGGGCUGCCGAGCCUUAGAGGGGGGCAUUCCUGUCCUGCCCCACCUCCCCAUUUAUGCUGCCACCUGGAAGCCUCGAGGCCCCCAAAUUCCAGUACAGACCCAGUGGUGUGUUCAUGGUGGCAUGGCUGCUGUCUCCUGGGAGCUCCUGAGCGUUUGGUUGGAACCCCGUUCAGCUUGGGGUCAGCCCUCCGCUAGGCGCUGCCCUUUAGCCUGGCUGUGUCUGGGCCCCUGCACUUCCCAUGCUUGAGUCACGUGGCCACAUGGCCGGGCACUGGCCGGAUGGCACGCCUCCCCCAGCCAGGGACCAGGGACCAGAGCUUUGGCCUGCCCUACUGAGCCCUGCUGUGCAGAGGGCCUGGCACAGAUGAAUUUGAGAUUUUGCCACAAGGUGUUAGCACUUCACACCCGUUGAGUCUUUGAGAUUUUAAGUGAAUAUAAGCAGAAAAAGAUCCAAUUUACAGAAAUCAGAGUUAGCUACAGCUAAGACUCGUGUUCGGUUGGGGUUUUUUAGUUUGUCUUUCUAAAGUCCUGUGUACCUUAAUUUAAUUACAAAAGUCUACUCUGGUGGUCAUAAGCAGGCAGGCCUUAUAAAGAGAGGCCUUUUACUCUUCCUUCUCGUCCCAGCCCCGAAUUGACCCACGUUGCUGCUGCUCACACCACGGUGACGCAAGUCUCGUGUGGGCACAGGCCUGGCUACCUCAUCUUGUUAGUGGCUCUCUCCUCUUCCACAGGAUGGGGGCCCACAGCUGCAGCAACCGGCCCCAUAGUUGAGCACAUGUGGUUAUCCUAUAGAGCUUUUCCCAAGGAGGGUGUUUGAACUUAGAGUCUUAAUAAAAUCUUACCAAAUAAAUUUUGAGUAGAAUAAUCGUCUUUUGCAAUGUACAUUUUAAAAAUUUCACAAGUUCUUUUUUGUAUAUAAAGAACAGUAGACUGGGCACAAUGGUUCACGCCUGUAAUCCCAGCACUUUCAGAGGCCGAGGCGGGCGGCUCUCUUGAGCCCAGGGGUUUGAGACCAGCCUGGGCAACAUGGGGAGACCCUCAUCUCUACAAAAAAUACAAAAAUUAGCUGGGCAUGGUGGUGCAUGCCUGUCAUCCCAGCUGACUUGGAAGGCUGAGGUGGGAAGAUCACUUGAGCCCAGGAGUUUGAGGCUGCAGUGAGCUGUGAUUGCGACACUGCACUGCAGCCUGGGACAGUGAGACCGUGUCUCUAGAAAAAAAAAAAAAAACAUGAUACAUGCCAUUAAAAAAGACAGCAAAGCAGGAGUAUAAGAAAGUAAAUUCACCCAAGGUCUCAGGACCUUGAGUACUCACUUUGGUGCUGAUUACCUCUGUGCAAAUGGACACAGCAUAAUAAAUUGGUAGUUUCCUGCUCUUUUUGCAUCAUCUUUUCCAGUUAAUGUGAAGCCUCUGGGGGCUGGCCUGUGUGCAUUGAUGACUGUGUUGAGUCAGGGGUAGCAGUGAGAUUCCCUUUUAGCUGCUGCAUUUGGGGAACUCAGACUUUCCAGCUGCUUCCUCAGGGUAGACUCCUCAACCGGUUCAGCCGCCCUGUUAAAAGGAAUUGACUUGGUUUCAUUUGGUGCUACCAGCAGUCCUGUAAUAAACUUUAGCUAUCUGUCCGUA